AUGCUCGUUCGCAUUCUACUUCUGAUGAUGCUCAUCGCCCACGCUAGGGCUUCUGCGAUCUCGUGGAACACCAAAGAGUGGAAGAUACAGUGCCAGUUCACGGUCACAAACCAUCCGAGCUUGCUUCAAGCAUUCGACGAUUAUCAGGCGCUCAUUGCGGCUGCUCUUGGCGAAAGAGCGCUCGAAACUGUGGUGGCGGCCCUCGGAGGAGUCACUCGGGGGGCGGAACUAGGCAAGAAAAUCCUUCGAGUUUCCUCUAGAUAUGCUACCAACCGUGAGCAGGAGAGGCGACAUUAUUUGAUCGAGAUCUACAUGAAGAAGGGAGUCAUUUACAACGUGGCGAGGCGGGAAAUGUUUGAAGCUUGCCGAUGGCUGGCGGAGGAAUUCGAAGUCAAUUUCCAUGGCAUAUCGAACCACGACAACGAGAAAAGUGCAAAGGCGCCAGAAGCUACGACCGCUGCGGCCAACGAACACAAGUAA